AUGGAGAGUGAAUCUUCGAGUGCCCAAAACGGCGGGAGAACAACUUGGACUCCUCCAAUGGAUCAACUGUUUAUAGAACUUAUGGUAGAACAAGUGCUUGAAAAACAACUACUCGAUGGCCAGUUUAGCAAAUCUGCAUGGGUAAACAUCGUCACUAAAUUCAAAGAUAGCUUUGGUCCUUCUUAUAAUAAGGAGGUUUUAAGAAACUGCAUGAAAACUUUGAAGAAAAGCUUUAAUAUUGUAAGUAGUAUUAGAGGUACAAGCGGCUUUGGUUGGAACAAGACGAGAGAGAUUGCGACUGCACCUGAUGAUGAACACCCAGAAUACAGACAAUGGAGGACAAGGUCACUCCCACAUUAUGAUGAUCUAGCAAUGAUAUUUGGUGAUAGUAGGGCGACUGGAAAGCAUAGAAGGUUUAGGAAUGAUAAUAAUCAGGACAACCAUGAGGACGACGAGGAAGGGGAUAAUAAUACUCAGGAACAGAAUGAGAAUGUUGAAGACCAGAAUGAUAAUGAUAAUAUGUAUGGAAACGGUAAUAUUAGUGAUGAUAAUACAUCUGAAAUGCAAACAAAAAUGAGAACUUCAGUAGGUUCUUCUUACGUUCAUUUAGAAAGACAAAAAAAAAGUACUGGAGAAGGGAUGGUGGAAGCAAUUAAUUUGAUGGCGAGUGUUGUUAACAAUAUAGCAACCAAAAAAGAGGAAAAUAGAAACUCUUUUCUAGAGAAAAAUGUAGUUACUGCACUUGAGGAAAUGCCCAACUUGGAUGAUUUUCUAUUCAUGCAAUAUUUAGAUCUAUUGGAAGACGAGAAGAAAGCGAAGAUUUUCAUAGCAUUGAGUGGGGACAGGAGACGAAGUUGGUUAUUAUCAAAGCUUAACUACUCCGAUUACUAUUAA